CACAUUCUUACCUCUGUGGUGCGAGGAACCAAACAAUCUGCAGUCAGCCAUGACUGUGAUGAAGCGGCUUGGCUGGAAGGGGAGGCUGGCGCUUUGCGCCCUCCUUGUUUGUGCUCUAAUCUCUGAGUUAGACGCUCAAGCCCUGAAGAACAGUUCAGGGAAAAAAGCUAAGUUGAAGGCUCCAAAAGCAGCGAGCCAGCGGGCCAAAGCUGUAACAGUGAAACCCAGAAUCAGAACUUCCCCCGCGGCGUCACCUCAGACCCUCCUCACACAGGUAAUAAACAGAGGCAAGUUUACGAAGGUGGGCGACACCAUAAGUGUUCGAGCAGGAGACACGCUGGAGUUGAGGUGCAGGGGAAGACCUGUGCAGUGGAGCGUGCCCCCUUACCUGGAGGAGGACCACGAGGGAAGGCUCAGGAUGAUCCAGCAUGAGCGAUACGGUGUCCUGACCUUAGUCAACAGCACUGGCGCUGACACCGGGGAGUUCACUUGUUACCCAACGCGCUGUGAAGACACAGACUGCAGAAAGGAUUACGACAAAGCUGUCAAAGUCUUUGUCUUCUUUACAGAUCCACAUGAGCUCUUCGUCCCAUCAGCCGACUAUUACGAGGUGGUUCAGCUGAGGACCAACUGGCCCACGCUCCUGCCGUGCCAGGUGACAUCGCCUCAGGCCCAGGUGACUUUGCACCGGGAGUACCCACCCGCAGAGGUGGCCGUGGACGGGGCGGAGAUCUCCUUUGAUGUGAAGAAGGGCUUCACCAUCCAUCGGCCCAGGCCUCACCACGCCGGGGCCUUGUACUGCGUGGCCAGUCUGGGCAGCCUGAGGCAGAGCUCCACCAAGUACAUGCUCAUCUAUGUGAACUACCCCACGGCGCCGCCCGCCCCGGUGAUCCAGGCCUCUGAGAGCUCUCUGGCCGUGGGGGAGAAUCUGCGAGUCUCCUGCAGCGUGGUGGGCGAGCAGGACGUGGCUGUGGAGAUCAGCUGGGAAUAUCCGGGACAGCAGAUCGGGAGGCCUCAGUACACGCAGGAGAGCGUCACCCCGGUGGGAGGAGCUCCGCCUCGGCAGCAGACCCACUCGGUUCUCCUGGUGGAUGAGGUGAGGGACGUGGAUCAGGGCACCUACACCUGCACGGCUCAGAACCUUCAAGGGGAAAAGUCAGUGUCCACCACCGUCAAGAUCGUACCCAAAGUGAAGCCUCGGAAACCCUGAGCCUCUCCUGCCAUUGUAGCUGCCUUCAUCAGUUCAGACAGAUGAAAUAACUGUAAACACUCUGUGUAAAAGCUUUG